AUGGCUACUCCAAAUUCUAUCAUCACAGACCUGAUUCAAGCCUUACAACAACACAAUCUUAAUAACUCUCCUGCACCUAAAUUCAAUUUCUCUUUACCAUUUCAGGAUAUCUCUAAUUUUGUGUCCUUCAAACUUGAUAAUACAAAUUACUUACUCUUGAAACAUAAGUUUGAGACCAUUCAUACCACUACAAAUCUACUACGUUUUGUCAAAGGAACUUAUGUUUGUCCUCCUCCUAAGAUCAGUGAAAAUGGUGCUAUGGUUACCAAUCCAGAGUAUCUUUACUGGAUCUCUAUGGAUGGUUUUGUUCUGUCAUGUCUCAAUGCAACUUUUACCAGAUCUGUUUCUGCUGGUACUCUUGGGUUAACAACUUCAAAUGAUAAAGUUGCAGAUGAAGAUGUAGUUUUACAUGUUUUGAAUGGUUUAAAUGCUGAUUUUGAUCAUUUUGUGGUUACUGCACAACAUCGUGAGACUCCUUACAAGUUUAGUGAGAUUAGAUCUAAUUAUGCUGGAAUCAACAAAUGCACCCUCCGCAUUUUUUUUCCUAAGAAGACCAAUUUCCGUGGUUCUCCUGGUGGUCGCAGAAAUCAUAAUUCUAACUCAUCAUCUAGUUCAGGGGGUCAUCGAUUACAGGGUAAUGGUGGUUAUGGUGCAAAUUCACAGGGGAAUGGUGGUUAUGUUGCACAUUCACAGGGAAAUGGUGGUUAUGGUGCAAAUUCAUCAUCACAUUAA